AUGCCUCAUCACUGCACAGUAUGCAGAACGCCCUUCAAACUCUCCUGCUUCGACCGCGGACACAUCACGCAAUGCCCCACCUGCGAGCAGAUCUACCAGACCGCGCGUGAGAAAAGCUGUCCCUACUGCCGCAACGCGCUCCUGAAGCGCAUAGCCCGGGAAAGUAGUCAGGAGGCCGAGGAGGCGAGUUCUCCGCGCUCGACGCCGGGGCCCUCUGCCGAGUACAGCGGUGACGAGAAGGAGAAUGCCUCGCAGGGAGCGAAGUCUAAGAAGAAGAAGAAGGGGAAGGUUGUGCGCGAGACGAGGCGGCUGAAGGAUUUGAGACGUUGAUUGAGGAGUCGAUUCAUGUGGCCGGCCGGGUGAAUUGGAUUUGUGGCUGCUCGCUCGUGGGAUCUGGAUGCAUGCGUGCGCUUGGAUCUUGCGAGAUGUCGUGCCGUUCGUCUGCGUGGGUAGCU